AUGGGAGGAGGAAGAAAGAUUGUGUUGUCUCAGAUUCGGAGCUUUCCUCAAGUGUCACCGAGUGAGGACGAAGAGGCCUUUGUACGGGAGAGGUCUCUCCGACAGAAGUCAACGAGGACUGAUGAACUAAUGGAGGGAAAGAGGAGGAGGCGUAAGAAGGUGAGACAUUGCGAAGAUGAUGAGGAGGACGAGAAGGAGACAAAGAGGAAGAGGAAGAGAAAGAAAAAGAAAGAUGAAGACGUAACACGGCCCAAGGAAGUGAAGCCCGAUGACGUGAAACUGGUUGGUGGGCCGGUUAAAGUUAUGGGUGGAGGAAGAGGGAGAAAAACCCAUUACCGGCAGUUUGAGUACGGCGGUAACAGAUACGGGCUGGAGGAUUCAAUGCUGUUGAAUCAAGGACACUAUAGUCCAAUGCCUUAUGUUGCCAUUAUCAAGGAUAUUACCCAAAAACAAAAUGGACGCAUUAGGAUUCUGGUACAGUGGUUCUAUCGUCAAGAAGAAGCAAAGAAAAAGGGUGGUGGGUACUGGAAAGUAAAUGAUAAACGAGGACUGUUCUACAGUUUCCAUCGUGGUGAGGCCCCAGCAGAAUCUGUGAUGCAUAGAUGCAUGGUGUAUUUUGUUCCAGCUCAUAAGCAACUUCCGAAACGCAGAGAUAACCCCGGUUUUAUCGUGCAAAAGGUGUAUGAUACUGAUGAGAAGAAGCUGCGUAAUUUGACUGAUAAGGAUUAUGAAGUUGCAAAACAACAUGAAAUUGACAUCCUUGUGGAAAAGUCAAUUUCGCGAUUGGGUGAUCUUCCUGACCUUGAAAUUGAUUUAAUAGAUGACGCUUAUCGUAACAAGUAUUCGGCCAAGCUUCUGAAGCAGUCAAGAACAUAUGCUAUAAAGCUGGUGAUGAACCAAAUGUGGGUUCAGAUGGAUCCCAUCUUCAACAGGCUGAGAGCGGAUCUCAAGAGAAUCCAUUAA